GCGCGGAGACUGCGACGAGAGCAGAAGCUGCCCCGAAAGCACCAACGGGACGCGUGCCCAACCUGGAACUCUUGCCACGUCGGACCAUGUCGUUGGGGUCGAGAGAGGUCUGGGAAGAAACCUGUUGUCCGCCUCUACCGGAAGCGAGACGAUGGGGACCUUCCAGCCCGAGUUAAACACAUGUUCUCCAACAACAGAGUCUGCGGUGACAUGGCUGCGGUGUUACUGCACGAUGUUGCAAAGACAAUGACAAUUCAAUUGACAGAAGACUUUGUGGUCGACAGAGGCCUAGUGAUCAAAAAGGCCGGGGAAUUCCUGUGUCCGAUGGACUUGAUUAACGUUCACGAAAUUCCUGUUCCAGACUACCAUGGUGAUGCCCCUCACAGUAGAGAGGCAUAUUGCAAUGACACGACCCUAGCCUUCCUGCUGUGCUUCUCACACCGGAUCACCCUGGCGACCAGAACACCCAACGAGGCCGACUUGCAGUCUUUAGUCACUAGCGGGCUGUCAAUAGCUACGACCUAUCCGAUGGACGGUCACCACACCACUGUGAAAUCCACACUCAUGACGGCCAGAUACUUUGGUGCUGAGCUCAUCAACCACAAAGCAUUCAACGCAAUCCUUGCUGCCAUUGACAUGUUCUUUCUCAACUUUCCUAAUCAUCCACUCGCCAAGUUCCGGAUGAGCACCGUGCAGUCGUUAGCCAAAGACUACACAAUCUUAGGCGACAUGGUUUUCAUGCGUAGCGUGACCGGGUUAGACGGUCACGAGUGGGCACAGUGGAUUUGGACAGAAGAACAGCUUGACCAGCUGAAGUUCUUCACAGAAGUAGAAGAAUUUAUUGCUAUCGAGAAGUCGUACUUUCCGUACCUGAGACUCUUGGGAGUUCUGUCCAAAUCGCCACUUGCCGUGACUGUUGCCCCCGACCUUCACGCAUUCAUCCACUCUGUCGGUAUCCUCCGAAUGCAACAGAGGUCUCUGAAAGCUCGUAUUUUCGGGUGUGUAAAAGAGGCACUAGUUUUCAUGAACGCCAGGAUUUUUGCACUUGCCCUUAGCAUGCGAAGCCGUCAAUCGGCAUUGAAUGAAACCGAAGCUGAGGAUUGCCCCCGCCGCCUAGAAACAGCAGAAGAGCUGCGGGCAACUGUGGGCUACUCCGGAGCUGGCCCCCCGACCUCCUUUGACGCCAACGAGUGGUUCACAUGGGUUAAGACUUGGGGUGCAGUUGAACCCACGGAGAGCCUCAUCAACGCCCAGACCGUUCUGGCAAGUCUUCCUCCUGACCGGCCCGGCACUGUGCUGCAGAGAUUGAGGGCAUUAACUUACUCCCGGCUGGCUGUCCAAAGCAUUCCAGUGCCUGUUCCGCCUGUGCCUCAAAUCCCCACUGCGACCACUCCAGCCCCGCGAAUGCAAGCCCCGGCGCCUGCACCCAACGGCUCCUCCAACCCAGACGGCCAGGCGACAUCAGAAGAGCCACCCACCAAAAUGACCCGUUUCUAAAGAGAGCUUGCUCCGCUCUUUUCGGGUAUUUUUUUUGUUUGUAUAAUGAAGGUCACAAGGCUGUGAUAAAAGUUGUCUAGUCCCUCUCAUCUAGUCCUAACCAUUGUCUUUCGUUUGAUUUUUUAAGAGUUCAUUUUGCGUUUACGUCGUGAAAAAAAAAAAAAAACUAACUCACCUACUGUAAUGCGACAGAGCUGCCCAUCACAAGGACUACAAUGUUGUCAGAUGAUGAGAACCUAAUGGAAGGAGGACAGGAAGAAGCUCCUGUUCCAGCAGUAUUAGUGGAAUCUCCAAAAGGCAAAGAGCACCAGAAGAAGCUGUUGGCUUUGAUGUCCCUCAGCCUAAGAGCAGAGGAGUUUGUCAGACACGGAAUCGGAGGGGAUGCUCCUGGUACUUUGGACGAUUCAGUCUCGGAAUUCGAACAGUUGCAACUUUCUUCUCCAUUACGUAGAGCUUCAGACAACCGCUUCAAAGAGGGCGCAGACAUCGGCAGCAUCAGGGAAGGGUCAUGGCAAAGCAAGCCUCCACCAGCUCCAAGGGGCCAGACCCGGAAGGCUCCGGACGCCAGACCAGACAGGCUCCAAAGAAAGGCCCCAAGACCUCAAAGACAAGUUAUAUCUACUCAUCCUAAGUCUUUUUCUAGAAAAUAAAGGACCUUCUGUUGGUUU